UGCGCAUUGAGCUUCUUGUUUCCUCUUGUGCCUGCAGCUGAGGAACAUCCGCAGCAUGAUCCGCCUGACCAAAGAAAACCUGGAGGCACUCAAUGCCAAGUUCUCGGCCUACCAGCAUCCUCCAUCCAUGUACAUACUGGAGUACCAGGACCUGACGGGGCGCCUGAAUGAGUUCCAGAUGCGUGAGCAAACACUCCUGGACCGCAUCUGUACCAUGAAUGGCAACUGCUCGCCUGACCACGGGGGCGACACUGACACCGAAGACGCAGUCGCACCUGUCAGACCGUUGCCAGCACAACAGGCUACAGGGGAUUCCAAGGACGUGCCAAAAUCUCCGAUGAAGUCAGUAGUGCGGGCAUUUCUACCGAAUCAGCAGAGAACAACCGUUCAGGUGCGACCUGGCCAGACGGUGAUGGAGGCACUGUCCAAGGCAAUGAAACGACGGAAGCUCACCACCGAGAUGUGUGUGGUGUUCAAAUGCAGCACCAGGUGGGGACAUCAUGCUGCACCAUUUGUGUCGUGGAAUGCUCCGAUUGGUUUGUUGAUCGACUGGGUUUAAUGUAAAUUUAAUGUACGGAGUUAAAUAUCCCAAGGCAGAACACAGGCACUGAAACACUGGUAAUCUCCAUGUUAACUUUGAAGUUGUGGGGCCCAGAAAUCACAUUCAGCAGUAGGUUGCUAUCAUCACUGUGGUGAUGGGUGUGUUGACAGGCAACUUUUGGCAAAGCCUCUCGUCUCGCUGUACUGACGUAAAAUAUUAAAAAAAAAUUCUACAAUGCAGUCAAGGAGCAAGUUGGGCCUUAAUAAAAAAUGUUUUUAAAAUCUUUAUUCUUCGAGGUAUAGGGCAGAAAACAUUUAUAGAUAUGUAAUGUCGUGUGUGUUAUGUUGCAUAAUAAAGAC